AGGCAUCCAGCUCUGCAGCCACAGAGUCAGUGGGCUUCAGGAGAGGUCCUGAUUACCUUCUUGAGCAAGGUGUUGAGGUGGAGGUGGUAACCACAGACCGAUCACCAUCAAUUCAAAAAAGUCAUGCACGAAGACUACCCAGACAUACAUCACGAGUUCGACAUCUGGCAUGUUGUCAAGGGGCUAAUGAAGAAACUCCUGUCUGCGUCCAACAGAAAGGACAACCGAGACCUCCAACCGUGGAUAAAAUCCAUCUGUAACCACUUGUGGUACGCUUGUUCUACUUGUGGAGGUGACCCAGAUGAUAUGAUAAAAAAGUGGAAAGCACUACUUCAUCACAUUUGUGGUGUGCACCGCUGGGAGGAAGGUAGACAGGAGAAGAAAUGCGUGCAUGAUGACCUCAGUGCAGAGCAACAGAGGCGAAAGAGGUGGAUUCUGAAAGACUCUCCUGCCUUCAGAACCCUGACUAGUAUUGCCCUGGACAAAGGACUAAUGAAGGACCUGAGGCAGAUAGCCCUCUUCAAACACACAGGAAAGCUUGAAGUGUUCCACGCAUUACUGCUGAAGUAUACAGAGAAGAGACUCCACUUCCACUACUCCACAAUGAAAGCGCGCACCCAGCUUGCCAUUAUGGACCACAACGAAAAUGUUCAGCGUGAACAGGCCUCCACCACCACAGGAAAAUCAAAAUUUAAUGUGGUUUACCCAAAACAAACCAAAGAGUGGGUAGCCAAAAAGAUCUAUGUGCCAACAACACAAACAUUCCGGCAAACUCUUGUGGUACAAGUUCUGCGGAGACGCCUGGACCCCAACAUCAAGUUCAAAGAUCCACAGUCAUGUUUCUAUUCCACCACUACCAAAAAACAUAGCACAAAAACCUAAACCUGCAAAAGAGGAAGCCAUACUAAAACAUGCUUCACGAUUUAGCAGGUAGUAUGAGGGCUGCACAAUCGGUUACUGCAUGUGAAAUGUCAAGUCAGAUAAACACAAACAUGCUAUGCUUAUUUAUGCCUUUUUUUAUUUUUGUAAAUAUUUAUCUUGCAUGUGUUUUUUGUUCUUUUCCAAA